AUGGAGCGGCUGGAGCGGUGCGGCCGCUGGCUGCGGGCCGGGCUGGCCGCCGGGCGGGUGCGCCGCCGGCUGCCCUGGGUGCUGCUCGCCAUCGUCCUCCUCGGGUCCGCCCUCAAGGACGGCGACCUGGUGCCCGAGACGCCCAUGCGGAACAAGCGCAACCCGCUCAACGUGUAUUUUGUGAAGGUGGCUUGGGCAUGGACGUUCUGGCUUCUGCUGCCCUUCAUCGCAGUCACCACCUACCAGUUUGCUGAGAGCAAGUUCCUCUAUGGUCCCAUGAAGAGCAUUUUGACAGUUCUGCGGCGUCUCAGUACACUGCUAGUGGGCACUGCCAUCUGGUACGUCUGCACCAGACUCUUCAUGUAUAUCGAGAAUCUCACCGGCAUGUGCUCUACCUCGAGUAAACCCAGCGAGCCUCGCCGACUGUAUGCCACCAAGCAGGAGUGCCACCAGGACAACGGGAUCUGGAAUGGUUUUGAUAUCUCAGGGCACUGUUUUCUGCUGUCGUACUGUGCUCUGAUGAUUGUGGAGGAAGUGGCUGUGCUGGAAGGCCUGUCCAUAGAGCAGAACUCUAAGCUACGUGUCGUGAUCAACGGCCUGUUUGUUUCCUUGUGUUUUCUCACUGUGAUCUGGGUGUUCAUGUUUCUCUGUACUGCCGUGUAUUUCCAUGACUUCAGUCAAAAGCUUCUCGGUGUGCUGAUAGGUCUGUCAGCUUGGUACGGGACAUACAGAUUUUGGUACUUGAAACCUUUUUCUCCUGGACUGCCUCUUCCAAAUAUACCUUUGAGUUCAAAGAAAUACAGUUAUAGCAGAUAAAAUGUUUUAAAAUUUUUGGAUUUUGCUUUCAGUACUGGUGGAGUAGUUGAAUGUAGGAAUGGUUACUGUAUUUCCACUGUAAGGAACAAGGUGAUGGGCUGGAGGAAACCAAAUCUGUACUAGCCAAUGGCUGGCAGGUGGUAAUGAGCUUCUUCCUUGGGAGAAAAAAAAUUAGUAUUGGAAGAGGUCUGCUCUUGUUUAGGAGCUGCUGACUGGCAUUCUCAGCAAAGAAAUCAGGAGUUGGAUCUGUCUCUUACUAAUAAGUGGAGGAGCAGAUCCAAGGCUGACAGAGGCCUUUGCUCUUUAAGAGCUUGACUGAUCUCAGAUUAAUUCUUCCUCUUUCUUUUUGAUUUAUUUAUGUCAAAAUAUUGUGGAUGAUCCAAACCUCAUACUUCUUUUUUUUUUUAUACUCCUAUUUGUAUUGCCUUAUGGGAAGGCUCUAAUAAUGACAGUGCUGCUAAGCGUUGCAAAAAUAUCAAUACUCGUUAAAGCGGUAUAUAGCUGUAUUGUGAAACUAGACCAUCUCACGUUGUCAAGUGUUAAAUGCACAAACUUGCCACAAAUGCUUCUUAGCUGUCUGCACCUUCUGCAACAAAGAGAGUAAAUCUGAGAUGUAAUGUCUUAAGCAGGCUGUGACUUUAAAUUCAUGCCUGCCUUUGAAAAGGAAACUCUUGAAAAACAAGCCUUAACUUUCUCCUUAGGUGAAGUAUCUGUAAUAAUAUUUUGGCAUUUUAUUCUUGACAGAAAAAAACAAACUCCUUCCAAUUUUGCUAAAAAGUCUAAUAUGAGAACUGGGGUUUUAAUUUUUUUAAAGUCUUACGAGUUGCACACUUUGCAACGAGUACUUUGUCGUAUGUUUCUUCUAGAAGAACAAUGAAAUUCUGGUGUUAGGAACAAGUUAGCUUAACCUGCUAUUUCCCGAAUAGUCUGCUUGGUAAUGAAUGAAACACAUUGUUUAUCCUAAGAGCUGCAAAGCAGUGUGCUUGAAGCAAUAUUUAUUCUUGCUUAUCUGGCAAUAUCAAUAAGCUACUUAAUUUUGAUUGCAUAUAAAGCUGUGGCCACUUUUGAUGUGGCUGGAAACCCACUACUGAAUAAAACACUAUUAUUAUAUAAUGAAUACAUAUGAGCUGGGAUGGGUUUACUCAUCAUAUCAAUCAGACAUUUAGCAUAGUUUUUAUCUUGAAAAGCUUUUUAUUAUUUCAUAAAGGUUUAUUCGUGAUGCAGUUGCACAAAAUUUGUUUGACAGUUGUAGUGAUGAGCGAGACAGCCAAAAAGGUAUGUGGGAAAGGCUGUAGAUAGCGUCUGCUAAUCUGAGAGUGGACUUGAUCUGUCUGUAGUGUUUGACUCCAAGGUGAUUAUUUUGCUGAAUAUAGGGUAUGAUGCACUGUAUUCUAAUCUUGGCACAUUUCUUUUUGCCAUCUCAACAGCUCUCUUCCAGCAAGAGAGCAGUAGCAUUUGCAAUAAAUACAGCAGUGUUAAUUCCACACUUGUGGUCUGCCUCUGAGGAGAGCUGGAUUCACCUGAAUUUCCACUGAAUUCAGUGGCAAGCGGGAGUUGUCGUGCAUCCUUAGAAAGUUUCAAAUCACCUCUCAGAAGGAAGCUGUUUCAGGAGGUUAUGUAUUUUCUGUCAAGCUCCUCCUUUUGUUUUUGCGUUAAAUUGCCUUUUAAGCUGACUCUCUGGAAAAUUUACACUGAUUAACUCAUACUGGGUUUAACUGAGUUUGUUUAAACAAUGCAAAUUCAUCUGCAGACAUUCUUUUGAUGUAAUGUAAGCCUGCUCCCAAUAGAGUUAAGCUAGACCGCAGGCCACUUUCACCAUGAAAAAGGAUUAUAUACCCAGAAGGUUUUCUGAUUAAUUUCAUUAAGUUUCUAUUUUAGGUUAUCUUUAUGUAACUUUGCUAUAUAGAUGAGGCCUUGGAACAGGAAAUGCUAUUUAUUUAAACCAACUGACUUGCUGAAAUUAUGUUCAGUUUCACAAGUGUUUUGUGCAAUCGCUCUGUGGAUAUUUCUGUCCACUUCUAACCAGUGUCAUACAAACUUUAUAUUACAGAAAUAAUGUGGGAUAUGGUUAUUCUCAAAACUUUUAUUUAAAAAAUGAAAGAAAAACACUUGAAAACUUUAUCAGUGUUUGUGUCAUUGAGAAUCUGUUUCUGAUGUCUGUAACGAUACUGCUGCUGCUUUCACUUCCCUGAAUGAUCCAGCCUCCCGGUAUUUUUGUGACUACUGAGAUGCAUGAUCAAACUGACAUUGAUAAUUCUGCAGUAUUGGAAUGGGUUUAAUAUAGCACAGGUUCUCAAAAGUACAGGGUAUAAAAAGAAACAAAACAAAACGCCAUGCCUGACAAAAGCAAGUUUCCUCAUGUGUGCAUGUUACACAUGAGUGUACCUGUGUACCUGUACCAAGAAAUCUUGGUGUACCUGUCUUUCUCAGUACCCGGAGACCACGUGCCAACUGUUGGCUUAGAAGGUUCCCUUGUGCCCCAGACCUUUUCUUUGCACUUUUUGACUAUAUUUCAGAGUCUGUCUUUGCUUCCUUGCACUGUAACUGGGAACUAAAUGUUGCAAAUUUUCUGUUCACAUAUUUGCCAUCACCUUUAUCUGACUUCCUUCCCUCUCCCAAAUACACUUUUAUCAUUAAAAUAAAACUGCGGCCUCUCUACGACAGAUUUGCAGCCAAAGAGAAACAGUGCUGUGAGUAGCUGGAUUUGAUGUCCUGUGCCAAAGACGCAAAUCAGCUGUCAACAGGUAUUAUUAAUUUGUUUCAAGUUUUUUUAAAAAGUGUAACAUUUUAAAGAUAAAUUUUCAUAUUUUGUAGUGAACUCCAAAAGACAGCAACUGUAAUCACAAGAAACACUUGGUCUUUUUCCUUUUUUUUGUUUUUUGCUUUUCUGCAUUAAAGUAUUCCUCUUGUUCCUGCA